GAACUCGAGUCACUAAACUAGUUUAAAGACAGUUGUAGAUUGGCGCUGCCAGUGAGCAGUCCUCUACAUCGUUCGUGAAUAGUGAUUAAUUUCAAUUGAAAAUUAAUAUUUACAGUGUUAUCUUCGCAGUUUAACUCUGAACUUUAUCUUGUGGGAGUUAAGUCCAAUUUGCCACCAUGUCGAAAGUGAUGCUGAGUAAGGAGUUGCCCGAUAUUGAGAACCUCCUAAGGUUGAACCCGACGGUGAAGCCGUUCACCAACCUGGUGCCGUCGGCGCAGACCAAGCUGAACAAGCAGCAUUGGAAGAGGAACUCCGACAGGAAGUGCACGACAUGUCCGACCCUAACCAAGAACUUCGACGACAUCAAGCACACGACGCUGUCCGAGCGAGGCGCGCUGAAGGAGGCCGCGCGGUGCCUCAAGUGCGCGGACGCGCCGUGCCAGAAGUCCUGCCCCACGCAGAUAGACGUCAAGAGCUUUAUCACGAGCAUCGCUAAUAAGAACUACUACGGCGCAGCCAAGGCGAUCCUCUCAGACAACCCUCUGGGCCUGACGUGCGGCAUGGUGUGUCCCACUAGCGACCUCUGCGUGGGCGGGUGCAACCUGCACGCUAGUGAGGAAGGUGCCAUCAAUAUUGGAGGACUGCAGCAUUUCGCUGUGGAGACAUUCAUGAAGAUGGGCAUCCCACAAACGCUGGACCCCGCCACCCCUCCCCUGCCUAAGGGCGGGGCCAUGAAGAUCGCGCUACUAGGCGGCGGGCCCGCCAGCAUCAGCUGCGCUUGUUUCCUGGCCCGACUCGGGUAUAAGGAUAUAACGAUCUAUGAGAAGGAGCAGUAUGUGGGUGGAUUGAGUUCAGCGGAGAUCCCUCAGUACCGGCUGCCCUACAACGUGGUCCAGUACGAGAUCGAGCUGGUCAAAAACCUCGGAGUGAAAAUCGUCACCGGCAGGAAACUCUCCACUAGCGACAUCACUGUUGAUGGUCUUCUGAAAUCCGGUCACUCAGCGGUGUUCGUGGGCGUGGGUCUGCCUGAGCCGAAGAGCGUGCCGAUAUUCAAGGGCCUCACCCAGGACAUGGGCUUCUACACCAGCAAGGACUUCCUGCCGCUCGUGUCUAAGGGCAGCAAGAAAGGAAUGUGCGCAUGCAAGCCCGCUCUGCCCUCUCUCCACGGCUCAGUUAUAGUACUGGGCGCCGGCGACACGGCCUUUGACUGCGCGACCUCAGCCCUGCGUUGCGGGGCGAAGCGGGUGUAUGUCGUGUUCCGCAAGGGAUUCUCUAACAUACGAGCUGUGCCGGAAGAGGUCGAUCUGGCGAAGGAGGAAAAAUGCGAGUUUAUACCAUUCAUGUCGCCCAAAGAAGUCAUCGUGAAAGAUGGAAAAAUAGCAGGCCUCCGCCUGUGCCGAACAGAACAACUAGACGACGGCGAGUGGAUAGAAGACGAGGAGCAGGUCACGCAGCUGAAGGCCAACUACAUCAUCUCCGCGUUCGGCUCCGGCUUGUAUGAUGCUGAUGUAAUAUCAGCCCUCGCCCCCCUCAAACUGAACCGCUGGGGCCUGCCCGAAGUAGACAACACCAGCAUGCGCGGCUCCGUCCCUAGCGUGUUCGUGGGCGGGGACCUGGCGGGCGGCGCGGAGACCACGGUCGAGUCCGCCAACGACGGCAAGACCGCCGCCUGGUUCAUGGACUGCUAUUUGCAGGACAUACCGACCUCCCCAGUCCAGCUGCCCAAGUUCCACUCGCCAAUCGACGAGGUGGACAUAUCGGUCACAGUUUGCGGCAUCCGUUUCGAGAAUCCGUUCGGUCUGGCGAGCGCGCCGCCCACCACCAGCGCCGCCAUGGUCCGCCGCGCCUUCCAGCAGGGCUGGGGCUUCGUCGUCACCAAGACCUUCGGACUUGAUAAGGACCUAGUGACCAACGUGUCACCCCGCAUAGUCCGCGGCACCACAUCGGGCGAGAACUACGGGCCGGCGCAGGGCUCGUUCCUCAACAUCGAGCUCAUCUCCGAGAAGUGCGAGGCGUACUGGUGCCGCAGUAUUGCGGAGCUGAAGAGGGACUUUCCUACUAAGGUGGUGAUAGCAUCAAUAAUGUGCUCCUACAACGAGGCGGACUGGACGGAGCUGGCUCAGAAGGCCGAGGCUGCGGGCGCAGACGCUCUGGAGCUGAACCUGUCGUGUCCGCACGGCAUGGGCGAGUCGGGCAUGGGGCUGGCGUGUGGGCAGGAUCCAGUGCUGGUGAAGGGAAUCUCCCAGUGGGUGCGAAAGGCGGUUAAAAUUCCAUUCUUCGUGAAACUAACGCCGAACAUCACUGACAUCGUCACCAUCGCUAUGGCGGCGAAGGAAGGUGGUGCGGAUGGAGUAUCGGCCAUCAAUACUGUGUCUGGGUUGAUGAGUGUGAAAGCCGACGCUACGCCGUGGCCAGCUGUUGGUACAGAGAAGCGCACAACCUACGGCGGAGUCUCAGGCAACGCGACGCGCCCGAUGGGGCUGCGGGCCGUGUCCGCUAUCGGCAACAAGCUGCCCGGCUUCCCGGUGCUCGGUAUUGGGGGGAUUGACUCAGCGGACUCGGCCUUCGCGUUUAUGCUGUGCGGGGCGCCAGUUGUUCAGAUAUGCAGCGCAGUCCAAAACCAAGACUUUUCCGUCAUAGACGACUACUGCACGGGUCUGAAAGCCCUCUUAUACCUGCGCUCGCUCGGGCUCGACGGCUGGAACGGACAGUCGCCGCCCACCGUCAAGCACCAGAAGGGGAAACCCGUGCAGACGCUGUACGGGGAUGAUGGGAAGGUGUUAGCCCACUUCGGACCCUACGCGGCGAAACGCGAAGCCAUAAUGCACGCUGCCAGACUAAAAUCAGACAUCCUGGAAGAUGACAAGGUUGAAAGUGCCAUAAAACUGGUUGAACCGGCGAUUGAAGUGCCGAAAAUCGAGAACAUUGUGGGCCAAGCGUUAGAAAGAAUAGGAACCUACAAGCACUUGGAUAAUACCAAGCAAGUGGUUGCUCUGAUUGAUGACGACAUGUGUAUAAACUGCGGUAAAUGCUACAUGGCCUGCGCAGACUCCGGAUAUCAAGCGAUAGACUUCGACCCGGAAACGCACAUCCCGCACGUGACCGACGACUGCACGGGCUGCACGCUGUGUCUAUCCGUCUGUCCAAUCAUCGACUGCAUAUCAAUGGUGCCGAAGACGAUUCCGCAUGUCAUCAAAAGAGGUCUGCAUUAUCAAGUCCAUCCCGUCUCGCCUUUAGACGGAGUUUGCCAGUAAUGGCAUCGUAGUUAAGGCCUCUACACACCAAAGCCGCUGACCCGGCGGCUCAGGCCGCCGGCUCAACCCGCCGGCCUCAUUUUGUAAAAUCAUGCCUCAUUUUGUACUAUGUUAACCCGCCGGCACAAGGCCGCCGGGCUAUGCCGCCGGGUCAGCGGCUUUGGUGUGUAGAGGCCCUUAGAUAAGUUUUAUAAUCAACGUUUACGUUAGCGUAACUAAUACUUAUACCAGAGUGGUGCUAAGCCCAAUAGAAUAAUUAUUUUUUCAUAUUCACUCACUAAUAAGUAAAAAUAUACUAUUAAUAUUGAAAUAUUGUA